GCGGGGCCGGAAGUGGAAGAAGAAGAAGGCGGUAGCUGAGGCAGUUCGCGAGGUUCUAGAGCCAGAGUCAGACCUACAGGUGCCAUGGGCCGGGUGAAGGCGCCCUGAGGGGACGCGCGGUUGGGCAUGGCCGGCGCUCGGACCGCCGCCGCCGCUUCGGCGGGGUCGUCCGCCUCUUCUGGCAACCCGCCGCCUCAGGAGCUGGGGCUCGGGGAGCUGCUGGAGGAGUUCUCCCGGACUCAGUAUCGGGCCAAGGACGGCAGCGGCACGAGCGGCUCUAAGGUUGAACGCAUUGAGAAGAGAUGUCUGGAGCUAUUUGGCCGUGACUACUGUUUCAGCGUGAUUCCAAAUGUGAAUGGGGAUAUCUGCGGCCACUACCCCCGGCACAUCGUGUUCCUGGAGUAUGAGAGUGCUGAGAAGGAGAAAGACACGUUUCAGAGUACUGUGCAGGUGAGCAAACUGCAAGACCUCAUCAACCGCAGCAAGAUGGCCAGGUGCCGAGGGCGGUUUGUCUGCCCGGUGAUCCUGUUCAAAGGCAAGCAUAUUUGUAGGUCGGCCACACUGGCUGGAUGGGGGGAGCUGUACGGACGCUCUGGAUACAACUAUUUUUUCUCAGGGGGAGCAGAUGAUGCCUGGGCAGAUGUGGAGGAUGUCACGGAGGACGACUGUGCUCUUCGAAGUGGUGACACACAUCUUUUUGAUAAAGUAAGAGGUUAUGACAUCAGACUUCUUCGAUACCUGUCAGUCAAGUACAUCUGUGACCUGAUGGUGGAGAACAAGAAGGUGAAGUUUGGCUUGAAUGUGACCUCCUCUGAAAAAGUGGACAAAGCCCAGCGUUAUGCCGACUUCACUCUCCUCUCCAUCCCAUAUCCAGGCUGUGAAUUUUUCAAGGAAUAUAAGGAUCGAGAUUACAUGGCUGAAGGGCUGAUCUUUAACUGGAAGCAGGACUACGUUGAUGCCCCAUUGAGCAUCCCCGACUUCCUGACUCUCUCUCUGAACAUUGACUGGAGCCAAUAUCAGAGUUGGGACCUGGUGCAACAAACACAAAACUACCUGAAACUGCUGCUUUCCAUAGUUAACAGUGAUGAUGACAGCGGGCUGCUGGUACACUGUAUCUCAGGCUGGGAUCGGACUCCUCUCUUCAUCUCUCUUCUACGCCUUUCCUUGUGGGCUGAUGGGCUAAUCCACACAUCCCUGAAGCCUGCUGAAAUCCUCUACCUUACUGUGGCCUAUGACUGGUUCCUCUUCGGGCACAUGUUGGUAGAUCGGCUCAGCAAAGGAGAGGAGAUUUUCUUCUUCUGCUUCAAUUUUUUGAAGCAUAUCACCUCUGAGGAGUUCUCUGCCCUGAAGACCCAGAGGAGGAAGAGUUUGCUAGCUCGGGAUGCAGGCUUCACUGUGGAAGAUAUCUGCAUGCUGAGACGAAGAGACCGUGGCAGCACCACCAGCCUGGGCAGCGACUUCUCACUCGUCAUGGAGAGUUCACCAGGAGCUGUGGGGAGCUUUACCUAUGAGGCUGUGGAGUUUGUCCCGGCAGGAGCACCAACUCAGGCAGCUUGGAGGAAGAGCCACUCAUCCUCCCCACAGAGUGUGCUCUGGAGCCGGCCACAGCCCUCUGAGGACCGCCAACCUUCCCACCUUGGGUUGGCUGAAGCCAAGUCUUCUAGCUCUUCAUCCUCAAACCAUUCUGACAACUUUUUCAGGAUGGGCAGCAGUCCCCUUGAGGUCCCCAAACCCAGAUCAGUGGACCAUCCCCUGCCCGGAUCCUCUCUCUCCACAGACUUUGGCAGCUGGCAGAUGGUAACGGGCUGUGGCAGUAUUCAGGAACGGGCUGCCCUGCACACAGAAUCCUCUCUCCCUUUCAGCUUCCCGGAUGAGCUCCCUAACAGUUGUCUGCUUGCAGCCCUGAGUGACCGGGAGACUCGGCUGCAGGAGGUGCGCUCUGCCUUCUUAGCUGCAUAUAGCAGCACGGUGGGGCUUCGGGCAGUAGCCCCCAGUCCCUCUGGUGCCAUUGGGGGCCUACUGGAACAGUUCGCUCGUGGUGUUGGACUCCGGGGCACAAGCACCAGCGCCUUGUGAAGUGGUCAGUCCACAACAGUUUCCUGCUCCUCUCUCAGCUGAGCCCUUAGUGGAAUCGAGCUGUGCCUGGCCAAGGGGCACUUGGAGAGCAGGGGGAAACCUCAUGCCCCCUUCUCCAUCAUGCACAUGGCAGCCCCAAAGCUGAACAGGCCCAGGAUGGGGUUUUCCAGUUCCCAGCCUCCUGCUGACUGGUGACCACUCUCAUGUCACUGCCUCCUACCAACCCUGGUCUUUACAGGAUUCCUGUCUACUCAGAACUGUGUGGUGUUUUCCUGGGGCCUUGUGGAGGCCACAACAUCAUAAAAGACCCUAUUCCUCAAUUUUGUUUCCUGGGGGAAAGAGGGUCACCUGCACUGAGAACGAGGCAAUUUCAUACCAAUCACAAAAUAAAAUCAAGGUCUUUUUGAAUGGUA